AACAGCUUCUUAUAGAUGGACAUUUGGAUCUUAACAAGGAGUUGAACUUACGUAAUCUGGAAAUUUUUUAAACCUCGAAGGUCAGCCGGAGUUGAGACCAAACGCACAAUUUUUACAGAUUCAAAACUUAUCUCCCUAAUAUCUUUUGACCAGAAGGGGGAACGCAAGAGGCAGAAGAAGCAGCGAAACGCUGGGAAAUAUCCCUGGCCAAUCGGGAAGCACUGGGGCAGACAGAGAAUUACUGCCGGGUAGGAGUUCGCGGAGGGGCGCCCUACUGCUGGAGCAGGAGGCCGUGCUCCAAGAUAAGCUUUCCUUAGACUGCAGCUCAGAUAUACCGAAGCGCGUCAGGAGUUAUGCACGGUGCAGUGAUGCGUGGCCAUCUCUCGCCUCCCGCGGGGACCCCGGGCGGGGGCAUAGUCUGAACCCCGACCACCUCCAGCCCACAUACGCAGGGGGCGUACACGUGGUGACCUGCCCGCGCCCGGGUUCUCGGCUCCGGCUCCUCCUCCAGAUCUCGCUCCGUUCUCUGCAGUAUCACGUGCAACCACGCCGGGUGCAGGAUGGCGGCUGCGGCAACAGCGGUGGGUGUCAGGCUCCGGGACUGCUGCAGCCGAGGCGCUGUGCUCCUGCUCUUCUUCUCCCUGUCCCCUCAGCCCCCGGCUGCCGCCGCUUGGCUGCUGGGCCUGCGGCCCGAGGAUACCGCUGGAGGCCGCGUGUCCCUGGAGGGGGGCACCCUGCGCGCGGCGGAAGGCACCAGCUUCCUCCUGCGCGUCUAUUUCCAGCCCGGGCCCGCUGCGCCCGCGGCGCCGAUGCCCGCACCUACCCUUUCCCCGGGAGAGAACGGCACCGGCGACUGGGCUCCGCGGCUCGUGUUUAUCGAGGAGCCCCCGGGAGCGAGCGGCGUGGCGCCCAGCGCUGUCCCCACGCGCCCGCCGGGGCCGCAGCGCUGCCGCGAGCAGAGCGACUGGGCGUCGGACGUGGAGGUCCUGGGGCCCCUGCGACCCGGAGGCGUGGCGGGCUCGGCUUUAGUCCAGGUGCGGGUGCGGGAGCUGCGUAAGGGCGAGGCAGAGCGGGGCGGUGCAGGCGGUGGCGGGAAGCUCUUCUCACUGUGCGCCUGGGAUGGGCGCGCCUGGCACCACCACGGCGCCGCCGGCGGCUUCCUGCUGCGCGUCCGCCCUCGGCUGUACGGCCCCGGCGGGGACCUGCUGCCCCCCGCGUGGCUGCGAGCGCUCGGGGCGCUCCUGCUGCUCGCCCUGUCUGCCCUCUUCAGCGGCCUGCGCCUGAGCCUGCUCUCGCUGGACCCGGUGGAGUUACGGGUGCUGCGGAAUAGCGGCUCCGCCGCAGAGCAGGAACAGGCGCGCCGCGUGCAGGCCGUGCGCGGCAGGGGGACCCAUCUGCUCUGCACCCUGCUCCUGGGCCAAGCCGGAGCCAACGCUGCCCUGGCUGGCUGGCUGUACGCCUCGCUGCCGCCGGGCGUCGGGGGCACUGGGGAAGAUUACAGCGAGACAGGGAUCCACUUCCCGUGGCUGCCGGCUCUCGUGUGCACCGGAGCCGUGUUUCUGGGCGCCGAGAUCUGCCCCUACUCGGUGUGUUCGCGCCACGGGCUGGCCAUCGCCUCGCACAGCGUGUGCCUGACUCGGCUCCUGAUGGCGGCCGCCUUCCCCGUGUGCUACCCGUUGGGCCGUCUACUGGACUGGGCGCUGCGUCAGGAGAUCAGCACCUUCUACACGCGGGAGAAGCUGCUGGAGACGCUACGGGCCGCGGACCCCUACAGCGACCUGGUGAAGGAGGAGCUCAACAUCAUCCAGGGCGCCUUGGAGCUACGCACCAAGGUGGUAGAAGAGGUGCUGACCCCCCUCGGGGACUGCUUCAUGCUGCGCUCUGACGCGGUGCUAGACUUUGCCACGGUCUCGGAGAUCCUGCGCAGCGGCUACACUCGCAUCCCCGUGUAUGAGGGCGAUCAGCGGCACAACAUUGUGGACAUUCUGUUUGUCAAGGACUUGGCCUUCGUGGACCCCGACGACUGCACGCCGCUCCUCACCGUCACCCGCUUCUACAACCGGCCCCUUCACUGCGUCUUCAAUGAUACUCGGCUGGACACCGUGCUGGAGGAGUUUAAGAAGGGAAAAUCUCACCUGGCCAUUGUCCAGAGGGUGAAUAAUGAGGGAGAAGGGGACCCCUUCUAUGAGGUGAUGGGCAUCGUCACUCUGGAGGACAUCAUAGAGGAGAUCAUUAAGUCGGAGAUCCUGGAUGAAACUGACCUCUACACCGACAAUCGGAAAAAGCAGAGGGUCCCACACCGGGAGAGGAAGAGGCAUGACUUCUCCUUGUUUAAGCUUUCCGACUCGGAGAUGAGGGUGAAGAUCUCCCCACAGCUUCUGCUGGCCACGCACCGCUUCAUGGCCACAGAGGUGGAACCCUUUAAAUCUCUGUACCUUUCGGAGAAGAUCCUGCUCCGGCUCCUGAAACAUCCCAAUGUGAUCCAGGAGCUAAAGUUUGACGAGAAGAACAAGAAGGCCCCAGAACACUACCUCUACCAGCGCAACCGCCCCGUGGACUACUUCGUGCUGCUUCUCCAGGGUAAAGUAGAAGUGGAGGUUGGUAAGGAAGGCCUUCGCUUCGAGAAUGGAGCCUUCACCUACUAUGGUGUCCCAGCCAUCAUGACCACUGCUUGCUCAGAUAACGAUGUGCGGAAGGUUGGAAGUCUGGCUGGAUCCUCUGUCUUUCUGCCUGUCUCUGUGUCUCGUACCUUCGCCUUCAGCAGAGGGGACUCUCUGGCGGGCUCCCCAGUAAACCGGUCCCCUUCUCGCUGCAGCGGGUUGAACCGCUCUGAGUCUCCAAACCGCGAGCGCAGUGACUUUGGGGGGAGCAACACCCAGCUGUGCAGCAGCAGCAACAACCUCUACACUCCCGACUACUCAGUGCACAUUCUCAGCGAUGUGCAAUUUGUGAAGAUCACUCGGCAGCAGUACCAGAAUGCACUCACUGCCUGCCACAUGGACAGCUCACCCCAGUCCCCCGACAUGGAGGCCUUUGCUGAUGGAGACUCCACCAAAGCCCCUACGACCCGGGGUACACCCCAGACCCCCAAGGAUGACCCUGCCAUCACCCUCCUGAGCAACAGAAACAGCCUGCCGUGCAGCCGCUCAGAUGGGCUGAGAAGCCCCGGCGAGGUCGUGUACCUGAGGAUGGAGGAGAUGGCCUUCACCCAGGAAGAAAUGACGGACCUCGAGGAACAGAGCACACAGCAGCUCUCACUGUCUUCUGCAGCUAUUCCUACGACAGCAGCAUCAGAUAGUGAAUGUUGCAAUAUCAACCUGGACACAGAGACCAGCCCCUGCAGUAGCGACUUUGAGGAAACCGUGGGCAAGAAGCUGCUGAGAACCUUGAGUGGUCGAAAAAGGAAGAGGUCACCUGACGGAGAGAGAGCCUCUGAGGAGAACUCCAAUUUAAUGCCUCUGAUCACAUGACAGGGCAGACAGUGUUUGCUGGGUGUAUGAGAUUCAAGAGCUUUGAGGGAGAACCCACCCUCCCAUCUUCUGUGUCUCCCGAGGCCUCCCACAGGUGACAGAGCAUUCUGCUUUCCUUACCACCUCUUCACCCCUAGCAGUCAGUUUGGCAGAUUUCCCCUUGUUGCCUCCAGUUUGACUCAGAGCCUUGCUGUGCCCAUCAUGGAUGGAGGGGCCUCCGGUGGAACAUGCUAGAAAUGAUCUUCUCCACGGCACAGUCUGGGACUGGAGAAGAAAUGACCCCAAGCUGACAAUGCCACUCUGGGACCCGACUCCCUUUUUGUUCUUUGGGAUUCCCCCCAUGCCAUAUUUCAUGCUUAGCUUAGCUCAGAAGGCGCCACCGACAGACAGGAGUAUAGGCGGCUGGAGCAGCAGGUAUGAAGGUCAGUUCAGGAGAUACACCAAGAGUUUCUCCAGGACUUUAGAGCUGUGGGACUCGGCAAUGGUGGCAUGUGAUGUUACAGAACAGAAAACUGUCGGUGACCAGUUUCCUGUAGAUAAGGAUUCUAGCAGCCUGGGAAGUGUGUCUCAGCUGGAAUGGAAAGACAAUGAGAUGGAACAUCAAGUCACCGUCUUGCCCAGGGACACAUCUUUUUGGCUCCCUAUCAGCAGUCAUCAAUCCAUCAAUAAAUCUGCUCUGGAAGAGAAGGAGCAGAGAGCAGAGACCCAGUUGGGAGCCAGAGAUGGAAUUUCAGGUGUUAAGUUCAAAUCAAAGCAAACAAACAAAAACUUAUGUAGAAAAAUUCUAAGCUGUUAAAGCAAGUAUAGCCAUGACAAACCAAAGAGUGCCCAGGUCAGCCAAGAAGGAUGCAAGCUCUCAUGGGACUUCAAUGUGCAUUAAACAGGAACAUUGAAGAAUCGCUGUCCUUUUUCAUCUGUUCCCCCCACUCCACCCCUUACUCCUCCCCAGCAGGUCAGCUAAGUGUACUUCACUCCAAGAAUUUACUAGAUCUCUUUUCACCCGGAUGAUGGGGCAUAGUCAAUUCCAAGUAUGGCCACUAGGUGGCGAAAUAACUCCACAUACCUAAUUCAAGAAUAAAAUCACUAAUCACACAGACCACUAACCACACAGCCAACCAACCUUUGGGAAAAUGUAGAAAUAAGUGAAGGUUGUCUUUGGGACACCUGUCUCCCUUUCUGUCUCCCAUUCCCUGAGUUCCCUCAAUCAGGGAUCCGGUGAUCCCCUGGUGCCUGCUCAAUCUCCAAAGCUUCCCCUGGGGUAUACUAUCCAGGCUUACCCCCUCUUUCCCCCCAAACUGUCACUCCCAUACCCCCAUACCCAUUCAAUCAGUAAUCACACGGAGAGGGAAGGAGACUGAUAAUUCAUUCCUCUGGGUUAUUUGCAUCUCAAAAGAAAAUGCUUACCCAUAGGAAUCUUUAACUCAGGGGUUCUUAAUUUAGGGGUCAGUCACCCCAGAGGUUCCAUUAUUGGACUUCAGAGGGUCUAUGAAGCCCGUACGACUGUCAGAAUUUAGUGUAUGUGUUCUUAUGUGUGUUUUCCAGAGGGCUAACGCUUUCAUGAGAUUCUCAAAUGUCUCACACCCACAAAGAGUUAAAAACCACUAUUUGAACUCAGUGGAACUUUCAGCCCAAAUUUUCUGCAAUGCAGAGUGAAGUGAACAGUGGGCAGUUCGAGACAGAUACAAGUGGUCUUCUCUAGUGUCUAGCAAAUCAAUGGGGAAAGCUAGGACCUGCCAAGAAGUGGAAGUCUUCAGAGAUCCUUGGCACAACCUAGGGUAUCAUACCACACCCCCACACGUUUGUCCCCGCUUCCCCACCAAACCAGAGCAGAUGUUGCAGACAAGAGGGCCACAGCAUUUGGAAGUAAAGAUUUUCCCACUGGAGAUGCUCUUUCCAGCAGUGUAUGCCUGACUUCUCACCCCUUGCUCAGUUCUGCCUGAGGCUCAGCAGUGCAUGACUCCUAGAUGAUUCCACAGCUGCCACCUACUCCCAACACCUACUCUUGCCUAAUAGGAACUGGCAAAGUGUCAGCCCUCAGUGCCGGGCACCUCAAACCCAAACCGGUGAACACUGAGUUUCAACAAGAACUGUCAUUGUGCAAUUUUCCUGCCCAGCUGGCCACUGGCCCAAGGGGGCCUGCCUGGCUAGUCUACCUGUCAUUAUUGCUUAGGCCAUGGGGCUCAGGCCACUGCUGUUGCAUACACCCAUCCCUUUGCAAAUUCCCAAAGGAGCCUGUCACCACUCCCCUCCCUAUUCCCCACUCUAUUCCCCAAGAUUUCCUUCAGGUUAAAAAAGUUUAAAAAAAAAAAAAAAAGGAUUUUAAAAUAAAGCAU